AGCCAGCCCAAAGCCAAAGAGUUCCUCAGUCCUCCUCCCGUCCAGUCAAGCUUUAAAACAAAACUCACACCCUGAAAAACCUCUGACUUUACUCCAAAGGAAGACUUUUCUUCUCUCAAGUCUUAAGGCAGGGUUUAACCUUUAAACCAAAGGAGAGGUGUGACAGAGAGUACUGACGAGGGAAACGACUGAACCAGCCGCGUCUUCACAGUUGCAUUGUGGAGUCAAGUUUCUGCAAGUUCGUAUUUGUUGUGAGGAGAGAGCGCAGCUAUGACUCAAAGCAAUGGGGAGAACCCGCAGAGGACUCGGGGGGGUCUCCACCAGGUCCGCAACAGGAUCCAGGCUCGAUCUCUGCAGGCCAGGAAGCGAAUCCAGAGCAUCACCAAGGACGAUGUGAAGAGAUUCUUCAUUAGAAAUGCCUUUGUGAUCCUCACCAUUAUUGCGGUCAUGAUCGGUAUCGGCCUGGGGUUCGCCCUGCGUCCGUACAACAUGUCCUAUCGUGAAAUAAAGUUCUUCUCUUUCCCUGGAGAAAUCCUCAUGAGGAUGCUGCAGAUGCUGGUGUUACCUCUGCUGGUUUCAAGUCUCAUCACAGGGAUGGCGUCACUGGACAGCAGAGCUUCUGGUAAAAUGGGCAUGAGGGCCGUCAUCUACUACACCACAACAACGGUCAUUGCGGUGUUCAUCGGCAUCGUCAUGGUGGUCAUCAUUCAGCCUGGAAAAGGAACGAGAGAUGAGUUCACCAAGCAGCAGCAGAUAGAGCAGGUCAGCGCUGCUGAUGCCUUUCUGGAUCUUAUCAGAAACAUGUUUCCUCCUAACAUCGUAGAAGCAUGCACCAAGCAGUUUAAGACACAAUACGCCAAAAGAAUAGUUCACAUCAAGAUGACGGUGAACGACUCGAUCGUCACACUCAACGGCAACCAGAGCAUAACGAAGGAGGAGCUGAUCCCAGUGCCCGGGGCAGUCAACGGGAUCAAUGCUCUCGGCCUGGUGGUCUUCUCCAUGUGCUUCGGUCUGAUCAUCGGGGGCAUGAAGGAGCAGGGUCAACCACUGAAAGACUUUUUCGACUGCCUCAAUGAAGCCAUUAUGAGACUUGUUGCUAUAAUAAUGUGGUAUGCCCCGAUCGGUAUCUUGUUCCUGAUUGCUGGUAAAAUUGUGGAGAUGGAGGACAUCAGUGCGAUGGGUGGACAGCUGGGAAUGUAUACAGUGACAGUCAUUUGUGGCCUGCUUGUUCACGCCAUCUUCGUCCUGCCACUGCUUUACUUCAUCGUCACCAGGAAGAACCCCUUGGUCUUCAUCGCUGGGCUUUUGCAGGCUCUCAUCACUGCCCUCGGAACAUCCUCAAGUUCGGCCACGUUGCCAAUCACUUUUAAAUGUCUGGAGGAAAACAACAAGGUGGACAAACGUGUGACCCGUUUUGUGCUCCCUGUCGGCGCCACCAUCAACAUGGACGGCACGGCUCUCUACGAAGCGCUGGCAGCCAUUUUUAUUGCUCAGGUCAACGACUACGAUCUUAACUUCGGACAGAUUCUCACCAUCAGUAUCACAGCCACAGCAGCCAGUAUUGGAGCAGCUGGAAUCCCUCAGGCAGGCCUGGUUACGAUGGUGAUAGUGCUGACAUCUGUAGGCCUGCCGACGGACGAUAUCUCUCUGAUCAUCGCCGUUGACUGGUUUCUGGAUCGACUGCGCACCACCACCAACGUCCUCGGAGACUCCAUCGGCGCCGGUAUCGUGGAACACCUGUCCCGCCACGAGCUGCGGCAAAAGGACGCCGAAGCAGGCAACUCGGUGGUGGAGGAGGCCAACAAGAAGCCGUACCAGCUCAUCUGCCAGGAGAAUGAGUACGAGAACGAAAAAACCACAAACAGCGAAACCAAGAUGUAAGGAAGUGAUGUGUGUUUCAAAGGUGCGCAUUUCUUCUGAGAGUGAGUGCACUGUUUUGAAACACAUGAAGCCUUUAUGAAUGCUCAAUGGUUCAUCUCACAAGAUUUAGAUUUUAAAUGAAACAGAUCUACAGAGCCUAUACAUAUAUAUCUAUUCUGCCAAAUAAGUUCCACUAAUAUGCGAGGCCUCCCUUACACACACACACACACACACACACACACACACACACACACACACACACACACACACACACACUGCAAACAUGAAAUGGAUAGUAUUGUUAUUCUAAGAGUUUGUGCGGAGAUUCUUCCUGAGCGUACGAUAUGCCCGAGGCUGGCAGCUGUUUACUAUUAAGAAUGAAAGACAAAGCCUCUGUGGUCUGCAAGGCAAAUCCAAUUCAUCACACAACUGUGAUGGUUCAUCUCAACCACUGGAGGUCAGUGUUGUCUUAACAUCAUACACAUUUUUACUGGCUGUUGUCUUUUAUUUGUUUUUUUUUAAAUUUUGUUAGUGGAAAAGGUCAGUGAAGUUGAAACUCAUGUGAAAAACAGUAUAUAUCAUGCAAAUAGACAGUGCAUCCGCCUUCUUUGGGUUGUUCAAUACUGUAAUACAGACAUUUGUGAGCUUUCAUAGUUUUGAUGAACAUAUUUCACCAGAAUGCUGAAAAUUACCUCAAGGCCUGCAUGUUAGUGUGUCUGAACUGUCCAAAGCAGCUGUG